AUGGACCCUACCGAAACCUCCCCGAACACCAAUCCCCCCAAAGCAAGAACCUCCUCUGAGCCGCCAACCACCAAUGAGACCACCCACUCCCCCGAAGAAAUCGCCCGUCUCCUCGAAAGCUGGAAAAUCAGCCCCGAAACGCACGACCACAUCCUCCACACCCGCAUCCUGCCCACCGUCCUCCACCCCUUUCUCCCAGCCAAGGAUAACGACAAGGGCCAGGACAAGAACACCCCCAACCGCCAGCCCCUAGCAGUCCUCCUCCUCGGCCAAACCGGCGCCGAGCAAAACCCACCUCGCGCCCCUCCUCGCCGCCGCCUUUUCCCAGCCCUACUCCCCCCCCGUUCCCAACCAUCCUACCUGAAGCGGCGUGGUGAUGGGGGGAAGGGGGCUGAAGGGAAGAAAGAUGUUGAAAAGGAGGUAGAGGGACAAGGGGGAGAGCAGGGAGGGAAAGGCAAAGCGGAUGAUAAACCGAGUGGUUAUGGAGGACCGAUGCCAUUGAGGCUCACCCCGAGAAUAGUGCACGAUGAGAGCUUGGAGGGGGUGCGCGGUGCCGUAGAAUGGCUGGAUGGCGAGGGCGCAUCGAUAUCAAACGACAACAAAGGCCGGGUGGACAGGGUGGUUGUGCUCAGAAGGGGCAUGAAGGUGGUGUAUGCGAAUGAGAGGAUAGCAGGGGGCGGGUGGGAAAAGGAGCCAGCGGCGCUGAAAGCGUUGGAGCGUGAGUGGGCGAGACCGCUGACCGAGGACGAGAGAUACAUGAUGGAGGAGAAUAUCAAGAUGCUCAGGAGUGUGGGGAAACCCGAGGUGGAUAAGGAGAUCGAAGAGAUUCAGAGACUCAUCGCUGAGUUGGGGGCUACGGAUGGGACGAUACCGGACGCGACACCCUUCGAUCCGGUAGAUUUUAUUCACAAGGAGUUGCCUUAG